ACGAGAGAAAGACACCUUCCACAACAUCGUCCAGACGUCUACCAUAGACAGUAGUUCGGUUCCAAACACUGGAUUGCGGUACGACAUGGCGGCGGAAGAGGCUCGUCAGAUGCUGGACGCGCUCAUGGGCGGCGACCGGAACGCCCCGCUGCCACCGGGAGCGGCGGUACCACGACGGGGCGGUCGCGGCGGUGGCGACCUGUUGUUGCUACCGGGCAAAAAGGCCCGAUCCUGUUACGAUCCGGACAUUGAUCCGCUGUACACGGCUUGGGGAGUGGACGUCUUUGAACUCUUCGUCAACACCAAAUCCGAUUUGGGCGUCACCAAUCCCUACGUCGCCGACCCCGACGCCCACGCGGAAUACAAGGCUCUGCCACCGGCAGAGCAAGCGAGACUCGGUUACGACUACUUUCUCUUUCAGAAAUUGUCCGAACUCACUCGUCAGUGUGAUCGUGUCGUGUCCCGGAACAAGGAAAAGCUGCGGCAGGAAAUUGCGCGCAAACAGUCCCAAUCCUCGCAAGCGGCGGUGGAUUACGUGGAAAACGUCGAUCCGCAAGCGGUCGAGUUGCUGGCGCGGAAUAUUAUACAAAAAGAAGACAUGGAAGUUGAACUCGCUAACCGGUUGGGGGAGUUGGAUGCCCUGGUCGCCAAAGAAACCACGGCGAAAACGGAACUCGGAGAUCUCUUCCAAAAGCCGAAACAGUCGGACGUAGAGCCCACACCCGCCGUGGAAGAAUCGGGAGUCAUCGGCAACAACAAGGUUAAAGAGGAACAAAAUGGAGAUUCUGCGGAAGCCGCACCCGAAUCCGAACCGCAACAGCACAAUGAAUCGGAUGCAGAAACAAAAGUAGAGCCCGAGGUCAAAAGAGAAGACGAGAGUGUCAAGGAUGAGGAGGAGAAACCCUUGCCCGACGCUGCAGUCCCGCUACCGACACCACCGGUGGAUCCAGAGUUGCAAGCCCUCCAACUCCAGCUCGGUCGCGUCACGCUUGACAAACAAAAGACACUAUAUGAUCUCGCCCGCCUCGUGGCUCGCUUGGCCGCCCUGGAAGAAUCCGUCGAGUCGCAAACCCGUCAGCUGAAUUACGUCCGGUCCGAUAUUUCUACCGACAAGACCGUGUGCGAAGUUUCGGGCAACUUCAUGUCAGCCCGGGAUGCGGAUGAACGCAUCGCGGCGCAUUACGCAGGCAAACAGUACGUGGGGUGGAAACUAGUGCGGGACAAAUUGGCGAGUAUGAUUCAGCAAUACGGACGAUACGGACCGCCGCCACCGUCCUCGCGGGGUCCUCCGCCACCGUCGGCGAUGAACGCGGGCCCUGCGUUCAGUGGCGGACGCGGUGGAGCAGCCCCACCUCCUUCACGGGGACACGGAUCUUCGGAUGGUGGUGAUCGAGGCUUUCGGGAUCGGGGUGGCUCUGGUGGUUUCGGACGCGGUGGUGGGGGCUAUCAAGAUCGGGGUCGUCCGGCAAUGGGUGGGCCACCGCCUCGCGGCAAUUGGCGAAGGUAA